UGGGAUUAAAGGUGUGCACCACGCCACCACUGCCCAGCUUCAUGGAGUUCUUUAGGGGGGCUAUUCAUUUCCUCCUUAAGAUCCUCUGUUGUAUUUAUAAAGACUACUUUAAGGUCCUUGUCCUGAGCUCCAGCUGUACUGGCAAGCCUUAGGACCUACUGUAUUAAAGGUGUUGGGCUCUAGUGGAGACAUACUGUCCUUGUUACUGUUUUUAUGCCCAUAUCUAGGCAUCUGAGUUUGUGAUGAUCAUAAUUCUGACAUCAGUCUUGUCUUUGGGUAGUGUUUUGUUCCUUGUUUUCUGUUGCCCUUUCUGGCUCUUAGGAGUGUGUGGUAGCUGUAUGUUGCCUGGUAGGAGAUUCUUUUGGGAUCCUGCCAUUGGGGGUUUGAGUUAAAUGUAUUUCUAGGUUUUGAGAAUAAGAUUGGCGUUGGGUGAUUUGAAGGGAUCCACAAAAGGGAAGAAGUAAGGUGUCCUGGAUCUAGGAUCUAGGAUCUGCUUGGUGUCCUGGGAAUGGGGGCAGAGGGAGGGGUGCAGCAGGUGAUCUGCUGCGGAGCUGGGUAAGACUUGGGGACUGAGUGCUUCCCUGGCAAGUAGGCUCCCAGGGAACUCAGUCCACCUUUUAUGACUGACUAGGACUUACUCCAUUGUAGGUGACAAACACAGUUGUUUACCUGUUCAUCUCAUUAGGCAUCUAGGCCUUUCCACACUUGAGCAACAAUGAAUUGUACUGCUAAGAGUAUUAUACACCAGCUUUGUUUGAACUGUUGUUCUCAGAUCUUUGUGAUAUUGCUGGACUGGAAAUGUUGGAUCACAUGAUAAUCCAAUUGCGUUUUCCACUUUGUUUUGUAUUGUUCUGUUUUGUAGAUUCUCACUCUAUAUCCCUGGAUAGCCUAGAACUUCUUAUGUAGACAAGCUGGCCUUGAACUCCCAGAAAUCUACCUCCCUCUGCCUCUGAACACAGGAAUUAAAGCUGUGCAUUAUCAGGCCCAACUCUAUUUAUUAUUAAGCUUUUCGAGAAAUAACUAGACUGUAACAUUAGACGCUAUGUAGUUACUUAAUCCUCUUUCUGAGGUUAUUGUUACUGUAUAUGUCAUGUGCCACAGGAGGGAAGGAGUCUCGUGUCUCUGCUUCAUAUGGGUUCUAAGCAUGGGGCUGGCUUGUCAGGCUUGCUCUCCUGCCAGUCCAUAUGAGCUGCUUUAUGUUUACCAUUCUAAGUACUGGUAAGUUAAGAGGUGACUACUGCUACACUAAUGGGUGUUAAGUUAGAUAAUCUGAGACGUUUUAAUACAUGUUUUUCUUCUUGCACUUAAAGGCUUUUUGUGUUGAUUAAUUACUGACAUUUCAUGUAGUACCUUAUGAAUGUAAAUUGAAAUGCUCUGUUUUGAAUGUAAUAAAAUUGGUAAAUAUUUGAUAUAAGUGAAUGAAAGAAAGAAGAUAAGAAUAAUAAUACUUUAUUAGUUCAGGUCAGGCAUUAGAGAACUUUUGCCUCUCAAGUAUAAAUAUAUAAUGUUGUCUUAGUUCUAAGGUGGGGGGAGGGUUGGUUUUGGUUUGUUUAUUUUUUACAGUCUUGCUAUGUAGCUUUGGCUAACCUCAAACUCAUAGCAAUUCUGCUGCCUCAUUCACCCAAGGGCAGGGAUUACAGACAUGCACUAUGAUGCCUGUCCACAUCUAAUUCUUUUCCAUUCUUUUUUUCCUCACAGUUCAUCCAUGAGCUCAGAUUUCCCACAUUACAACUUCAGGAUGCCUAAUAUUGGGUUCCAGAAUCUGCCUCUCAACAUCUAUAUUGUGGUUUUUGGCACUGCUGUGUUUGUCUUCAUCCUUAGUUUACUCUUCUGUUGCUACUUGAUUAGGCUGAGACAUCAAGCACACAAAGAAUUUUAUGCCUACAAACAGGUUAUAUUAAAAGAAAAAGUAAAAGAACUUAACCUACAUGAACUCUGUGCUGUGUGUCUAGAAGACUUCAAGCCUAGAGAUGAACUGGGGAUUUGCCCAUGUAAGCACGCCUUCCACAGAAAGUGCCUUGUUAAGUGGCUGGAAGUCCGGAAAGUGUGUCCCCUGUGCAACAUGCCGGUGCUGCAGCUGGCCCAAUUGCACAGUAAACAGGACCGAGGUCCCCCUCAGGAGCCCCUCCCUGGGGCAGAGAAUAUUGUAUAGCUUGCUGCAAGGAUCAGACUGUUGCUGGACACAUCAGUAUGGAGCCAGGAGGAACACAAGCAGACUCCGUUUUGGCUGCUCUCUGCCUGGGGCACCCACUGUCACUUCUUUUGCCUCAUGAAGAACUCUUGAGCCAGGCAAGCUGAGACCCCAGGCAUCUGGAUCUUGUGACAACCAAAGCACCCUGAUAUUACCCAAUGCCAAAAGGAGUGGAUGAGCCUGCAGAUUUGGUUUCAGAAGUUUCCUGAGCAUCGCCUGUGUCUCCCAGGCACCUCCACAUCAAACAAAAGGGAAGAUAAGCACAGGUGUUAGAGACCAGAGCUGUGAAUGGGGCUUUGAUGCCACCCCACCUGUGGACCUGUAAGCUGCUGUGCAGACACGACAGCCUGUUGUUGGCACAUGUCCUCUUGACAUCCCGAGUCCAGUGAAGCCAGUUGUUCCAUCAACUGAAGCACAACUGGCUGUCAGUGUUCGGUGAGGCAGCCCCUGCAAGGCUUUUCGGGUUCUGUUCUUUUAAUAAGGCCAUCUUGGAACCUGAAGACUUUGGGGACAGCAGCUGCAGAACCCCUGCCACACGUGCCAGUUCACACUUGCUGUCAAACCUUCCAGGUUGAAGCCAUUGGAAACCCUUGGAAAGGCCUGGUCAGGAGCCAUCCCACUUCUGCUUGCCCUCCUAGUCAUCAGUAAGACCCAGCAGGAGCUUAACCCGGAACCUCCAUGGUCCCUGUGUAACCCAGGGCCAGGGGACUGCUCAAGUACACCACACGUGUAGUGUGAUUCCAUUACAGCUGCUGGCCUCAGCCCACUGGCUAAGGAGUCUCUCUGGCCCCUCAAAUGGCUCCAAUGAAGAGCCUCUUAGCAAAGCCAGUCCUAACCCACCAGGACGGCCAGGACAGACACUGGCUUCUCUCCUCUGCUCUUUUUCUACAUAAGAAAAAUGUCUUACUGCAUUUUUAAACAUUUAUCCCAAAUCAGCUCCCUGUAAUUCCGAAGCCAGCAAGCCACUUGGAGUUGUAAAUAGUUUGAGGAAGCUCCCGCAUGGCUGGCCUUCUGUUGGUGUGUACCUCAGUUCUGUGGACUUGAGAUCCCUAACUGAAGGGGUUUUUAUAGGGAAAAUGCAUGCUGCUCUUUGGCUCUUUCUGUCCAACUUUUCUAGAGAUAACUGCCUCCAAUAGGCUUUGUGAACAGUGUAAAUUUGCCGUUUAAAGCACAGACUAUUAUUCUUACAUAGCUUGCUCUCCCUUCCCUUGUCACAAUAGUGCCACUGCAAUGCCUCUUCAACUGCUCUGCUCUGCUCUGCUCCAUCCCACAGGUGUGAGGAAAUGUUUUCAUGAAGUACAUUCUGGCAUGGAGAUGGAGGGCUUUGCUACUCUGUUCUUGUAUUCUACCUAACUUAGAAUGAGAGGGGACCUGCCUUUGCCUCCAGUAGCUGGAAUCAGUUGAGGAAGAAAAUUCCAAUUUGUCUAAAAAGUGCUGUGGAAGCCAAGUUGUGGCAGUAUAUAUCUGUAGAGUCCCAGCCGAGGCGGGCAGUGUCACAAGUUUGAAACCAGACUUGGCUUCAUAGUGAGAUCCUCUUGCAAAAGGAGGCAGCAGGGGUAAGAAUAGGGGCUCUUGGCAGAGUCCAUUUGGAAAGUUACAAAUCCAGUUGGAAAGAAUAAGCUGUUCCCAGUGUGCUGUUUGUGACAGGCCAGCUGGAUUCCUAUGCAGGGCAAGGGAGUAUGAAACUUUCUAUGGGAGCCUUAGCCUGAUUGACUCCAGUAAUUCAUCCCUAUGUCCCUCUGUUUGUAGUACCAUAGUCAAAUGCCCACACUCAGUUUACAGUGAAAUGUUUUCAAGUGACCAAUGCCACAAGUGGGCUUCUCCUGGCUUAAUUUUGUUAUAGGCUAGCAUCUAGCAUUUCAUAUUGCAUAACUGGAUACAAUAAGGAAAUCCCCCCUUAAAGAUUUCAAUAUGAUCGAUACUAUAAAUUAUUGCCACUCACAGCUUUCAUAGAAUCUUGGCCUUUAGUUUUAGCUGCAGCUUCUCCUGUCCUUGGAUUCAACUACUCAAAAGCCAGCAUCACCAAAGCCCCGUAUUUCUAGAGGCAAGAUUGCUCAUCAGACUUCCAGAUAGGUUGAGGUGGUUGGUGUGCAACCUGAAUAGUCAGGGGCAUUGGAAGAAUCCUGGGUGCUUUGCUCUGCUCAACUUGAAUGAGGUCUCCUAACCUUUUCUGCUCAGCCACUCUUAAUGUGAUUUCUUCCCAAAAGGCAUUCCUUGGGCGAGAAGCUGCAGCUGCAAAGUAUGUUUCUCGUCUCCCUUCUUGGCCACUGCUCCUACUUCUGGCACCUGCCAGCCACAGCAACCCAGUAUUUGCUCCUGAUAUCUGGGUCCCCAUCAGUGCUUUCUCUUUACCUGCAGCACUGGCCCAAACUUACAAUGAGAUCACUCUUUCCACACCAUUUCCUAAGUUUCUGGUAACCUUUUUGUGUGGAUGUGUGAGGAUUUGGGUCUACUCUCAGACCACUGGACUCUUAAGUGUCUUUAGUAGCUAGAGGAUUGGGUGUCACUGUGGGCUGUAGUGUUAGAAGUGGAACAAAACCCAUCUAUCCUACCUGGGUCACUGUAACAUACAAAAAUUGACACGUGCAGCUUUUCUUUGUCAAGUGUAAUUUAGUUUGGUCUAUUCCCAUUUAAGGUUCUUUUAACAUUUACUUGCCUAACCAGGAAGUAGAACAAAACAGCCAUGUAGGGACAGGUAGUCUCUGGGUGAGAUCUGUGCUGAGGAACAAGGGGGCUCCCACCAUUGCCAAACACUGUUCUUGACAAGACUUGACAAAAACAUCUUUUCCAUGGCUCUGUUCCACAGCAUGCUAUCUCUAACUUGGAAUAGCCACUCUAGGCUGUGCUAAAUACCUACAACACUUACUGAGAAUUUGAGAUUAUAUAGAGACGUUCCUGAGAGCUCUAUGCAGAAAUCUUGGACUAGUUUGAAUUGGUUGCUUGUGCUUUUCUGCAGGUCAACCUCUCAGACCCUCCUUUCUUUAACCACCACCUAGGAACUAGCAAGGUUUCUAGAUGAUCUGCCAGUCCAGUCUGGUAGGCACAGGCACGGGAGCAGGAGCUGCUGAUAGCACAUACCUUCCUGGUCACAAACUCAGGAACUUCUCAACUAUGGGACUAACUCCUGGCUCCACCACAGUUUUCUCUGAGACAGGUUCUGCGUACUCCCGGUUAUCCUGAAACUGUAUAGACCAGGCUGGCCUCAAAAUCAGAAAUCCAGGGCCUUCUGCCUCUGCUGCAAUUAAAGGCAGAGCACCAUGCCGAGCCUCCACAUUGAAUCUUGACUUGCUCAGUCUUCCUUGAGUCUUUGAAUAGGUAAUCCUUAUGAAAUUCACACAUCACAAUAGUUGCCUUCCUUGAAAAAAUACCCCAUGAGCACUGGAUUCAUUUUUGUUUCUUUAGUCUCCUUUCAUGGGAAUGUGUGUUGGGGGUGGGGGUGGGGCUAUAAAGAGAGCCUACCCAGAAGUGUAUUGUGUGUGAAAGGUAAGCCUGAAGUAGAGGUCAUUUUUGCAUUUACAUUCCUUUUUAUAUGGCUUCCUUCACAGAUCCAUCCCUCAGUAUCCCUAAUAAAACAGCACAGCUGCUUUCCCUACCUUCUCCAGGAUGACAAAAGCUUGCCCCCCAGCCCUAACCAGUCUCUCCAGGUGCCUGGACCAGCUGCCACCUUCCUCACUUAGUUGGUACCUGUGCUUUUGAAGCAGGAAAGCAUGUAUUAAGAGAUCUCUUUAAGUCCCCAGGGCUAACAGUCAUUCUGCAAAUGAGACAUAGAAGCAAAUACUUGGUAUAGAAUUUUCUCCCACCCAACUCUCAUUUUUGCCCUCUCCCCUUCUAAGGUAAAAGUUAAAGCUGUCUCCUACAGGCAGCCAAUGAAGGAGAAAGCAUACUGUACCUUGCUCUCCAGCAUCCACCACCCAAGGUCUUCGCUACUCACCUGCUUCCCUGCAGCCUAAGCCGCAGCCAGUGGGUAAGGUGGAGACUCACCCCUUUGGCACUUCAUCGACUCUCUAGCCUGGUUAAUCUUCCCCUGAUAAGAACCUCCUGAGGAGCUGGGGAGAUGGUUCAGUGGCUCAGAGCACUGGCUGCUCUUCUGAUGAUCCAGGUUCAGUUCAUAGAACCCACCUUGUGACUCUCAGCUUCAAUCUGUAACUUCAGUUACAGAUCUGGCAUCCGAGUGUACCAGGUGCAAACAUGCACAUGCAAGCAAACACUCAUACACAUAAAAAUAAAUUUUUAUUUUUAAAAAAUUGCUUAAAAUGGGACCAUCAAAGUAUUUAACUUAGAGGUAGGGACGUAAAAUGCCAGGUAAAGGUUUUUAAAAUAAGAUUAACAGGACUGGGUUCACUAAGUUGGAACACCUAUCAGUUUUCAGGUUCAGCUUUAGAACCCAAAUUAUUUCAAGAUGCUUUCAUUCCAGUUAGCUCAGCACGCAUCCAAAUUCUUAGUUCCUUUGUUCAAGGAUCAGGAAAAGCUACCCCUGCUGUUUUAAAGACGCGCUGUAGCUCAGAUCAUGACCGCACCAGUGUUAAGGGCCUCGUGUGGUUGAACCCUCAGCGCCGUCCAUGCCUCUCCUUCCAGGCUGUGGUGGAGAAGGUGACGGCUUGGGGCCAUUGCCUCUGCCUGCUGACAUGUCCAGGAAGGUGGAGGAAUGGCACUUUAGUCUUGUCGUUUAGCCCUAUGGGGCUUAUUUACUAGAUACAACUCCCUCAAAAAAGGUUUAUGAAAUGCUGAGCCUCAGGUUUCAUAGACGUGUUUGUACACUAAGAAUUCUGCAGCAGAAUAUUUUUAAACAUUGGUUUUUGUAAGCUAUAUUUUUGUAUAUUUAAUUGCUAUUUUAAAACUUUAAUGC